UGUCUCCAACCCCGUCACGACGGGCGCCGUGGUUGCGCUCUCGACCUGCAUGUGGUCGCAGCUGUCACGGGCCGUUGCGAUCCCAGCCAACGUGUUGCUCGCGCUUGUGGCGCUUGUGAAUCCCGCGGCCGUGGCGUGCCUGCGUCGUAUGGACGUGCACCUCUUCCAAGCCGCCAACGACGAGAUCGUGGACGGCGUCAAGAUGCUCCUGCUCAUUCACAUUCGCCCGCCGCCGCGGGCGACAAGCUCCCGCCUCGUCAUGCUCGCCUUUGUCCGCGACGAGGUGAUCAAAGCGGUGCUACUGGCGCUGUGCAAGAAAGGGUACAUGUACGCGGCGGGUGUCGAGAACACCGAGAGCUUUUUCCGACUCGUGGGCAAGAUCUUGGUCGCAACCUAUGUGCCACCGUUCCUUUACCAGUCGAUCGCACGUGCCUAA